UCUUUCUUGCACUCUGCGAUCCAGCUGGAUUGCUAGCUUUCGGAUCGAUCGCGCAGAGUAUGUGUGCAUUUACUACUCGGGUCGAAUCGCACCGGAGACGCGGAGUUGAGUGGAUCCUCCCAUCCGGCAACGGCGACGACAACGACCAAUAUUUUUUACGACCGACAUGGCCCGAGAUUGAACGAAAGGCAUAUACGUUCAAUGCGUCACGCACCUAAUAUGGCACAAUGAGGUGGAGUUAAUGGGUUGCAUUGCUUCGGAUGAACAUUUUAGAUGGUUCGUUUUGAUCUACACAGCAUAGAAUCCCCCAGCACUUGCGGGAUUGAGCGUCUGCUUUUCGGCUUGCUUCAGUUUAUCACGACCUCUUGGCUUUGGACCUCGCAAAGUCGGAAAAGAGCAGCUUGCGUAUUACAACAAACAUACCCUCCGCAUCAGACGGGGACUGGCCCUCUGGCGGGAUGGGCACUGGCGAGGUUGACUCCUUUUGCUUGCGUUUACCCUUUGGGCCUACACACAACAAAUUGCCCAGGGUUUGCUUGCGCGGCAUUCCGAUUUCGGUGGGCUUCUCGUCGAGCGGAGGAGCACACGACUCGCGCUUUGCAGCUUCAGACCCGCAUCGUUGAGGCUGCUCGCUUCGACCCUCCACGCCGGGCUAGGGAGGUUCCACGUCGUCCCGCUCAAGACUCCACUUUCUUCACCUUCGACGCGGUCAACCCCUACCAAUCCUACCAAGUGGAGUUCCGCCGAUCUGGCUUUGGUGAUGAACAGUUCGAUCUGGUCAUGGGAUCAGAGCAAGCACUUGAGCGAGGGACCAAUAUUCCCUCUCCCGCAUCAUCAUCAUACGAUGAUAACGACAGCUACGUUCAUGGCAAAUGAUCUUUGCUGCUUGCUGCUCUGUGUUUGCUUGCUGGAGUGUCCUUGAUGGAGUUUGAGAGUUGUUGUUGAAGUUUGCUGUUGUUUUGUUCUUUGCUGUUUCUGUUUGAGAAGGGGGGGCCAGCCGCCAGCUAGCUCAACCCACCGGUUUGCAAAUUUGCAUAAUUGGCGUUGCCCGACGGAAUGUUUACUGUUUUCGUUUAAGCAUGUCCGAAGAAGGGGAGGACCCUUUUUUCGGCCUUCGCGAUGUUGCUGUUUUUUGUUGUCGUUGUUGAGAUCUGCAUCAUGUUUGCGUUUGUUUCAGCUUUU